CCACCGCAUGCGCACCUUCCGGGAGGCUGUUUACGCAUGCGCUCGGUCAGCGGAUCGGAGCCGAGCGGUGGGAUCGUUGCCUAGUUCCCCCCGCUCGGCCAACUAGCGACAUUAUCCUUCCCCGCCCCCGCCCAGCAGCGGCGCGCGGAGCCCCCCCUCGAUGGCGGAGGAAGGGAAAGGGGGGUACAGCGAACAUGAUGACCGUGUGGGCAGUGCAGGUGGGGGCUUCGCUGGAAGGAGGAGGAAAGGUCGGGGUCCGUUCCGAGGCAAGAUGUACAGUGAGGGGAACCACCGCUCGUGGAACCGAGGUGUAGCAGGUCCCAGCCCUUCUGGUCAGCUGGAGGAGGGCGACGGAGAUGUUCCCAUGAGCGACGCCCAUGAUAGUCUUCGAACCAGAUACACUCCCUAUGGGUCACGGCUGAACAGGCGAGGCGAUGACUGGCAUAACCGGGGCCGGGGAGGUGCCACCAACAUCCAUGUCACAGUGAAACGAGACCUCACUCCCCAGGACCGGAGUAGCAGUGCCAGCCGCAACAGCAGCCGGAGGAGGUGGUACAAGGUCACAAUUCCCUAUGGAAAGAAGUAUGACAAGUCAUGGCUUCUGAGCUCCCUCCAGAACUUGUCCAGUGUCCCUUUUACUCCAGUGGAGUUCCACUACGACCAAAGCCGGGCCUACUUCUAUAUUGAGGAUAUGACGACAGCCAAUGCGCUCAAGCAGCUGUCCCGCAAGAUCACAGAUCGAGACAAUUACAAGGUGGUGCUAAUUGUCAACCACUCAUCUCCACCCCAGUCUGUCCAGAAGGAGCUGAAGCCGGAGGAGAUUGAGCAGCUGAAGCUUACCAUGAGUAAGAGAUAUGACGGGUCCCAGCAGUCCCUGGACUUAAAGAACCUUCGCACGGACCCAGACCUGGUGGCACAGAACAUUGAUGUGGUGCUUAACCGGCGGAACUGCAUGCAGGCUGUGCUGCAAAUCAUUGAAGAGAACAUCCCGGAGCUGCUCUCACUGAAUCUCACCAGCAACAAGCUGUACCAGCUGGAUGACCUGGCGGAGCUGGCCCAGAAAGCCACCAAUCUCAAGAUCCUCAAUCUGACCCGCAAUGAGCUGAAGUCUGAGUGCGAGCUGGACAAGGUGAAGGGGCUCAAGCUGGAGGAGUUGUGGUUGGAUGGAAACCCUCUGUGCAACAAUUUCCGGGACCAGUCCAGCUAUGUCAGCUCCAUCCGACUGCGGUUCCCGAAGCUUCUGCGCCUGGACAGCCACGAGCUCCCACCUCCUAUUGUCUUUGACGUGGAAACGCCCACCACCCUCCCCCCCUGCAAGGGCAGCUACUUCGGCUCGGAUGACCUGAAGGUGCUGGUGCUGCGCUUCCUGCAGCAGUAUUACUCUGUAUAUGAUUCUGGCGACAGGCAGGGGCUGCUGGAUGCCUACCACGAUGGGGCCUGCUGUUCCCUCAGCAUCCCUUUCCUCUCCCAGAACCCCUCCAGGAGCAUCCUGAGUGAAUACUUCAAGGGCAGCAGGAAUGUGAAGAAACUCAAGGACCCUACCCUGCGCUUCAAAUUGCUCAAGCAUACGAGGCUGAACGUGGUGGCCUUCCUCAAUGAGUUGCCCAAGACUCAGCAUGACGUUAACUCCUUUGUGGUGGAUGUUUGUGCACAGACGAACACCCUGCUGUGCUUUGCUGUCCAUGGGGUCUUCAAGGAAGUGGAUGGCAAGUCCCGGGAUAUGGUGAGAGGCUUCACCCGCAUGUUCAUUGCUGUGCCAGCUGGCAUCACAGGGCUGUGCAUCGUGAACGACCAGCUGUUUGUGCGCAAAGCGAACACAGAGGAGAUCCGCAAGGCCUUCGUGAUGCCAGCACCCACGCCCUCGUCCAGCCCUGUGCCCACGCUGUCGGCUGAGCAGCAGGAAAUGCUACAGGCCUUCGCCAUGCAGUCUGGCAUGAACGUCGAGUGGUCCCAAAAGUGCCUCCAGGACAACGACUGGGACUACAGCCAGGCAGCCCAGGUUUUCACCCAGCUCAAGACGGAGGGGAAGAUCCCAGACGUGGCAUUUCUCAAGUGAGCAGUUCUCCUGCAGUUCCCCUACCACUGAUGUUUUAUUUUCCAUGACCGUUUUUGUAAAUAAAUGAAAGUUUAAAAUAACAAAGGUGGGGGCUCGUCGCUGAGAGCAACCAGGGGGCCUAAACUCUGAAGGGGAAGCCCCUGCCGCAGGCCAAAGAAGCUGGGGGUGAUACAGACAGUCUUGCCCAUGCUGCCCUGCCUCCAGCUCCAGCCAUUUCUAGCAGCAGCGGAAGCAAGACUGAGAAGCACGUGUUGCUGGGGCACCCAGAAGCUUCAAGGACCGAGCCAGAAUCCUUCCCCUCAGGCUUUUGGCCUGGAGGGGGAAAAUGACUUUUUUUGGUAUGUUUUAAAACAAGCAGUCCUAUGAGUGGCUCCAGUGAGCUGGGCUAGGUGUACCGCUCACAGCCCCUGCCCUUUCCUAGCAGAUGAGCUAAGUUGCCCUCAGACUUCAACCCUGUGGUGUUCAUAUCCCCCGUGUGUACCCUCCCCCCCCCCCCAUAGACUUGCAUUCCUCUCUGGGGAAAGGCAGCCCUAAAAGCCCUGGAGCUGUCUCCUUGAGAACAUGCCUCAGCCAUGCUGAGAGUGAGAUGGGCAGAGCACCUGCCAGGUUUUGGCAGGUCUUUGCCACCUGCCUGAUCUCUAUUGUAGUAGCUGCUGCGUGGGUAGAUAGAGCGCAGCUCCAGGAAGAUGACAAGGUUCCCUUAAGGUGCUGAUGGGAUUGUGGGGUUGUGUGGGAUCUGGAAUGGUUAGUGUUCUCAGCUAAGGAGCAAUGGGGUUGUCAUUGGCUAUACUCUCCCUUAUUCCCUACCCUAGAGCUAGGGGCAGAGGGUGGGGCUGCAAGAUUCCUAGAUGCCCGGGCAACGCUGGAGUAGCAGGCACCAGGGGUUUCCCUGCACCCAUGGGGGAAGACCCUAGCUUCACCCUUCCUGCUUGUACAUCUGUGUUGUGGAAUCCCCCUCCUCCCCCAAGUCUUCGGGCUGAAGCAGAAUGUUGCAGGCCAGAGCUGGGCACCAUUGCCCUCUGUUUCUCUGUGGCUGUAUGUGCUGGGACCUGCGUGUUCAAUAAAGUGGUGUUUGUUAGAA